GUACUCGUCUGCUUGCGUGCGCGUGUGUUUACAAGUGUGUUUGAACGAGUGCCAGCAGCGAGGCGAGCAGGAGGCAUGGUGGACAACUCUGGCAGUAGUAAGGCGCAAAUGCCCAGCAUGUCUCAGGAGUCCGGUGUAGCCUUUCCUCAGAGCACCUCGACUGGGGGGAUGAAGCUGGAGGCGGUGAUGGAGCAACUUCAGCGCCAGCAGCAAGCCCGGCUAGAGAUGGAGCGCAAGGAGAGGAGGCUGCGCGAGGCCCACAUUAUGUAUGCCCAGCAGGUUGCCGCCCAGCAGGCCAUCCUAGCAGCUGCGCGGACAUCAGGGGCCAACUUUAUGGGCAAGGGCCUGGCCGGAGUGGUGCCACCUCCACAGCCUCCCCGCGUCUCCAACCAGAGCAGUGUAGACUCUGAGAAGGAGGAUGACGAGGACCGGGGCCACGACUCAGGAGAUGAGGAUGACGACAACGGGAUGAUGGAUGGCGACGAGCGCAGCGACGAAGAUGAAGAGGGCGGAAGCGGGGCUGGUGGCCUUGAGUUCCUUCGCAAGCAGACCCUGGCGCUGCAGCAGCGCGCCGCUCGCAUGCCCCCCGCCCGACCUUAUGGCAAUUUUGUGGCGUCGGCCCCGCAGAGGGCGCCAUCCCCGCCCAUCAGGGUUAAGCAGGAGCCCGACGAAGGCCUGUCACCUGCUGGCGCUCACCCGGCCGCCUCCCCUAAUGGCCAGGGCGACUGGAACUUCGAAGACCACUUCAGACAGAACGGAAGUGCAAGCUGGGGAGAUGAUGCGGACAGUAGCAGAGGAAGAGGAGAAGCCUCUCGAGACUUUGCCAAGUUGUACGAACUGGACAAUGACCCCAAAAGGAAGGAGUUCUUGGAUGAUCUCUUUACCUUCAUGCAGAAAAGAGGCACCCCAGUGAACCGUAUUCCCAUCAUGGCCAAGCAAGUGCUGGAUCUGUAUAUGCUCUACAAGCUGGUGACGGAGAAGGGAGGCCUGGUGGAGGUCAUCAACAAGAAGAUCUGGAGGGAGAUCACCAAGGGACUCAACCUGCCCACCUCCAUCACCAGUGCCGCGUUCACAUUGCGCACACAGUACAUGAAGUAUUUGUACCCGUACGAGUGCGAGCGGAAGGGCCUGAGCUCCCCGGGCGAGCUUCAGGCCGCCAUCGACAGCAACCGGCGCGAGGGUCGCCGCCCCAGCUACAGCAACAGCCUCUUCCGCUUCUCGCCCUCGCCUGGCACCGCCCAUCCGCACAUCCUCUCACCUCCCAAGAUGCACCUCUCCGCCAUUGGGCCCGGCACUUCUGCGGCCCUUAACGGCCUGCAGGGCUCACUUGGCUCCGUCCUGAAGAAAGAUGACCUGCCUCCUUCCAUCAUGGCGGCCAGGCCCUCCAUGGCCCUGGCGCUGGGGCAGCAGCAGGUGGCGGGACUGGCGCGCGCUGCCACGCUGGAGCAGCUCCGAGAGAAGCUGGAGACCACCGGGGGUGGUGCGGGUGAGGGGCCCGAGAGGAAGAUGGCGCGUCUGGCCGAGGAGCAGCAGCGCCUCAUGCAGCAAGCCUUUCAGCACAACCUGCUGGCCAUGGCCUCGCAGAUGCCCAUGAACCUCCGCCUCGGGGCCCCCGUCAUCACCCCCAGAGAUGAGAAGCAGCAGGAAAUGUCUCUGAGCAUCUCCACCAAUGGCAAUGCCAGCAUCGCUGUCUCUGUGGAGGUCAACGGCACAAUGUACUCAGGAACACUCUUUGCUCAGAAAGCGGGAGGCCCGCUGGGGCCCGCAAUGUCGGCAGUGUCUGCCGCCACCUCGGCCUCCACCAGCGCCGGCUUCGGCUUCUCUGCACCCCUGAGACAGAACCUCAGCCCCACGUCGUCCUCCUCCUCCUCCUCCAAGGGCCCCUGUUCGGCCGAGCCGGCUUCCAACGGAUCGCCCUAACCGCUCCCUCCCGCUGCCCCUAAACACACCCUCCUCCCCAAGGCCCCAGCCCAGCAUGAAUAUUCUGUACUGUCAGAAAGAUUACAGACUGUUGCACAACAAAUACCUCAUCAAGCCUGUCCACCUCUUGGCUGUCCAAUCAUGAACACAAAAGCCCAAAAAUAGAACAUGACAACACAACUAUGCACACACGCACACACACACACACACACACACACACAUGCUAGACACAAUCAGCGCAGCCAAAAACCCACUGACAGGUUUCAUCACAACUUAACUUGAAAAAUCUUCUUUUCCUUGUUUUUUUUUUUUUUUUUUUUUUUUUUUUUGCCAUGUUGUCAUCUUUACAUUUAAUUUUGUGUUUUUAGAAUUACCAUUUUUUUUUUAAACAUACCUCAAAUCGCCCAACCUGCAGUGGUGUAUUUUUACCUCAGGAGUUUGACCAUAUUUAACCUCGAUUAUUAUUUUUCUUUGCUUUUCUUCUCUUUUUGAGUCGGCUAUUCUUUCCCCAAGAAGUUGACGGACGCCGUAUAUCUGCACGGGUGAUUUAAAAAAAAAAAAAAAAAAAAACUCACAAUCCUCGAAGUGGGGGCAUGUCAGAAAUGUUGGACAGAUGAGAUGCCCCCCACCCCCAGGACAGAUGAGACACCCCCAAACCCCUAUCCCACAUUGGACCAUCCAAAAAAAAAAAUUAAAUGGCAUCCCUCUCUCAGGAAGUGGAGGAAAUAAACACGACCCACCCCCUGCCCCCCCCCCCCAAAAUAAAAAACUACAUGGAAGAACUUGAAAGAAAUACCUCAUGAGACUCUCCCAGGAGAGCAACACUGCAUAUACCUCAUCGGGCGGUCAUGAUGGAAGAAGCCCCCAGCCGCUGCCACCACCCCCAAGAAGUGUGAACUGACAAAAUGGCCGCCACAGCUGCUGGUUUUUACAACACAAACACCUCUACUUUCACCCCCCCCCCCCACAUCAUUUGUAACACUUUUUUUGGGGGGGGGGGCGUCUUUUCCACGACGAGAACUCGGCUAGGAAUGUUGUUAAGGCAGGUUUCUCAGCUGAGAUAAAAGGUGUGAACACUCGAUGCAUGCGUACAAUCACAUAAACUGAUUUUUAGAGUCGGUAUGUUAUUGCACAGCUAGAUACCAAAAAAAAAAAGUUCCUAAUAUAACGUACAAGACUUUCACACAGGGAUGUGAAAAUAUCAGCAUCGGAUACGUGCCCAACCCUUUCUGCAUCCCUGUUUACACGUAGGUGUCGUUAGUAUCCCAGAGGGCAAAAAAGUUGUCCAGUUGGAUUACAGAACAUCACAGGCUGGCAUGAAAGAGAUUUAGUGGAACAUGUUGGACUUCUCAUCUUGAAAUAUGCUUGAACAAAAAUGCCACUGCUAUGGCUCGAACGCUGCUUCCGAAGGCAGACAGAUGCUUUGUGCUAACAUACUGUGGUGGUGUCAUUUAUAGAACCGUGACACAUGUGGGAAAGAGUAAUUUAAAGAAAAAAAAUCAUCACCGGUGAGAUUGUGAGAUGUCAGGUGGCGACAUUUACACCGCUUUCCCACCAUUGCCUCUGUUGCGGCUGUUAUACUACCUCUGAAUGUGGAAAUCUAGUUAAAAAGGAGACUUUGUCCAACCGCUAUACAGAACAGUGACGUAGCAGGAAAAAAAAAAAAUAACAUUUUAGUUUUAUUGUAAAAGGGCAGUAGGUGUAUGGAGAGCCGUUUUGGUUUUUGUUUUUAGCGCACUAGUUCUUGUUCAGAAUUUACCACAUUGGUAGGAUGUCAAAGAAAUGCUUAAAGAGCCAAAGCCAGGAAUGUCAAACUUUUGAGUUUGCGUGCCACAUCCAACCCAAUUUGAUCUCAACUGGGCUAGACCAGAAUACCCACGGCUGUAUAAACUAUAAAUAAUGACAAUAAGACUUUUUGGAUGCACAUAAUUACAACUACAUUUGAGAAAUAUUUGAAUUUAUUGAUUAUCUUGUUGCCAGGCAACACGGUGGAAAGCAUUGGCCUCAUAGUUCUGAGGACCCGGGUUCAAUACCGGCCACGGCUUUGUGGAGUUUGCAUGUCCUCCCCAUGGCUGUGUGGGGUUCCUCCGGGCACUCCAGUUUCCUCCCACAUCCCAAAAACAUGCAACAUUAAUUGGACACUCUAAAUUGCCUCUAGGUGUGAUUGUGAGUGUGGCUGUUGUUUGUCUCCAUGUGCCCUGCGAUUGGCUGCCAACCAGUUCGGGGUGUACCGUGCCUCCUGCCCUUUGACAGCUGGGAUAGGCUCCAGCACUCCUGUGACCCUCGUGAAGAUAAGCAGUUAAGAAAAUAGUGGAUGGAUGGAUGGAUGGAUGGAUGGAUGGAUCUUUUUGCCAGUCUUGUUUCAAAUCAUGAGCAAUCGCAAAUGUCUGAACAGAAAUUUGUGGAAUCUCAACAGUAUUGUGAAUCUGUGUUUUCAUUGACAGUUGCAACUUCGAGAUCACAUUAUAUCUACAAACUAUGCAACCUUUAUAAAACAACACAAGUAGCAGAACCCUCUACAAGUAUUAGAAAUGGAUCAAAUUACGGUCAUGUUCAAAAUAACAGCAGUUCAAUGUGAUUAAUUCACAUUUUUCAGUAUAUUUUUUUAUUGCUACAUGUCAAAGAAGUUACCAGUAGGUGCAGUAGAUUCUCAGAAAGACAACAUUCAGGAUACACACACAAUUAAGGCUGUGCAAUUGGGCAAUUUGUUGAAAGAGAUGUGUUAAAAAAAAUAAACUGUGUCAUUCAAUAAAUGAGGUCAUCAAAAAAGAAGAAGAAGGCGUUCAUCAGGUGGGCCCUGUUUAAAGAUGAAGCCAGCACCUGUUGAACAUGCAUUUCUUCUUGAAAUCCUGAGGAAAGUGGGUCGUUCAAGAUAUUGUUCAGAAGAACAGCAUACUUUGAUUAAAAAUUUGAUUUGAGGGGGGAAACCUUAUAAAGAGGUGCCAAAAAUUAUAGUCCGUUCAGAUUAGAGAGCAAAACCAGAGACAUGUGGCAGAAAACGGAAGACAACCAAAAAAUGACAACAUAUAUAGAUUUUUUUUUUUUUUUUUUUAAUGCCGGCCCAAUCCACGAGUUUAAUCCAAUUGAGAACUUUUCGGGUGACAUAAAAAAUUUUGUUUCUGAAGCAAAACCAAGCAAUAUAAAUGAAUUGUGGAUUGCCGUGAAGGAGUCUUGGAGUGGAAUAACAAAAAGGUGAAAGGUGCCACAAGUUGGUUGACUCCAUGCCACACAGAUGUGAAGUAGUUCUUAAAAAAAACUACAUUUAGUUUUGUGUUUCAAAACACUGCUAAAUGCGAGAAACAAGAAAGUUUGUACAAAAUAGUUGUGAGUUUGUAAACCCAACGGCAGACUAUUUUUUGAACAUACCCCUUUCAACAAAUUAGCCAAUUGCACAGCUUUAAGAGUGUAUACAGUAUAUCCUGAAUGUUGGUUUUCUGAGAAUCUACUGCACUUAUUGAUAACUUGUUUGACCUAGCAAUAAAAAAAAUAUCCUGAAAAUGUGGAUUAAUCAGGUUAGUCACAUUGAACUGGUAUUAUUUUGAACACGACUGUAUUUUGUAGCUAAUUUUCCUUGUCAGUGUCACCACCACAGCACCACACGAUUUAUUUCUCUGAUGUGGCUUGAAUGAACCCAUGUCCAAAUCAACUUCAGGAACUCCUUCCUAACUGAACACGUCCGUAUGAAAUUAUUGAACAAACAAUACAUAUUAUGAUACAUAGAUUGGCUAUGCUUCACAAAAAGUCUCACUCUCUCACAGCAUUUUGAUUCGAGGCGUGCCCCGCUACUACGUUCUUUUUUCUCUCUCAGCUUUGGUCAUGUCACAUCCUGCGACUCACAGAACUACCACUUUUAGUGCAUUGUCAAAAUAAAAGCAUGAGUUUCAAAAUAACAGUCUAUGCAUAUAAACAAACUAAAACUUGAGCAACGGGAAGAACAGUGCCUGCGAGCCAGAUUGGACCCCUUGAGGGGGCCAGUAUUGCCAUCGUGAGUAAAAAGUUUGACACACCUGGCUAAGACAUUUUAGCAUUCAUUCCCUUACUACUGAGGACAAACAACAUGCUAAUACAUCGACCUUAAAGCAGAUCUCAAGGCUAUCAGUCAUUGUUCACUCAUCUGACCAACAGUUUGGCAUCCGGAAUUCAGAAUUUUCUCGUGUCCACCUUUAGAAUCUGCCAGUGUACCCUGCACGAGGUACCAUGAUCCCAAAGACACACUGUAAGUGUAUUCUGCUACUAGCGACCAUUGUUUGAUGCUGCCUUGAGGCCCCUUUUUGUAGUUGCACAGUCGACAGGGCCUGCAUUGCAUCAUGUGACCAACAUAUUGUGCCGCGCAGCUUCUACCAAAUGAAUAAUUUUUCCAAGGCUAGCAUCUAGUAGAUGUCUCAUUAGUGAGCUGUUUUUUACCCUUUGGACUUGGUUCUUUUCUCUGCUGAAUGGAACUCAUUGUAGUAACCAUGUGGUUCCAUAAGGGCGGCGCUAACGGAAAAGCUUUUUGACGUAGAGAUGAAUGAUGUGCGUGUGUUUGUAAGCAAGUUUCAAAACACACGUUAUGGAAUGUACUUUAGCAUUUUUAGAUUUUAUGCGGGUCCAGUUUUGGUUUGCUGACAAUCCUCCAAGAAUCAUCUUCUUUCCCACUUUCUGCAAUUUUAGCGACAAACUUUCCGGUAGCUGACUUGCUUUGUGUUCAUGUUUAAAUGACGUUAACAUCAUUAACUUUCAUUCGCUUCAUUUUGGAUACUGGGAGGCACCAAUUUGGUGACUAGCCAACAUCCGCUAUCUGGGAUUUCAACGAGCAACUCUUCCUGCUUGUUUAGUUGCUGCAUGCAAGUGUAUACAUGAUGUAACGUAGUUCGUGUUGGUACGUGUCCUGUUUACUGACAAUCCUACUAAAACACCUACAGUAUUUUCCACAUUGUGGCAUUUCAACUACCAACUCUUCCUGCCAGCUGACGAGCUAGGCGGCAGUGUUACUGUAUGUCUGCAUCGUCAGGUUCUGCUACAGAACUUAGUAUCUUUAGCGUGGGUGUACUUCCAGUUUGCUGACACCCCGCCAAAAGUCUUUACCCAUCUUUCAUCUUUUGGGGAUUUUAACUAGCAAUUCUUCCCAGUUGCCGACUUGGGGCAUGCUAAUUUUUAAGUGAUAUUUCGUUCUGCAACAUUCUUUAGCAUCUUUAGUGUUCGUAUGGGUCUAAUUUAGCUCUAGAAGACCCCCAUUUUGCUGGCAGUCUACCAAAAAUUAGCGACUAACUCCUUUCAGCUAUCUUGGAUUCAAACUGAGACCUCUUUGCACUAGCUAACUAGCUGAGUGCUAAUGCUAUUUAGAAUGUAUGUGAGUGUGUGGAAAAACACACACCACAUGGGUUAGAAUAAGUAAUGACCAAUAAACUGAGUUUGAUCACAAUCUUUUAAAAUGCCACGCUCUUUUCCAUUAUUUAGGGUUCGAAUAAAUAACUUACCUUCAUAGCUGCAUGCUAAUGUGUAAUUGAUUGUUACGCUAUCGACCUUAGCAUCAUUAGCACUCAUGGAGGUCAGGUCUAUCUACUUCUAAAUGCCCAAUUUGCUGCUGGUUGUCUCUUUUCUGCUGUGUGGGAUUCAGACUAGCAACCUUCCCACUAGCUGACCUGCUGCACGCAGCUGUUGUGAGUGUACAGUACCUUUUGGCAUCAUUGGCAGUGGUACAUGCCCACUUUGCUGACAAUCUUCCCAAAGAAUUCCAGCAACUCUUUCUUCGAACUGAAAUGUGAACGUUUUCCACAUUGAGAUCGUUAGUUUCCAGUUUGGCUACUGAUAAACACCCAGCUUGCACACAAUCCAACAAAAUGGCGGCAGCGUGUCUUUCCUGCCAUCUGGAAUUUGAUCUAGCAACGCUUAGCAUUAGCUGACUAGCUAAUGCAUAAACGUGCGUGCGAGUGAUGCCACUUUACGCUUUGGACGCGACAUCAGACUCUGCGGUGCUGUCGCUUCCGAUUUUAGAAGAUACCGCCGCCAAGAGUGUAGCUAGCAUUAGACUUCGAGAGCUAGCUCAAUGGCUGUGUCCGAAAUCGUUCAUUCGCUCACCACUCCCUACUCCCCAUGUGGGGUUGCACUAUAUAGUGAGCUCAUAAAUCAGAUUUCAUAUAAAAACAGCAUUUGGACGCUGCACGGCGUUCCUUUAAUGACAUCACACAAUAAUGAAGUAGGCUGUUGCGGUGGGUUGAAAGAAAAAUGUUGCACAUUAUAAAAACAUUGUUACUGUACAUUGCUAUAAAAAUACCAACAAUCCAAGAUUUGUUGUACAGUUACAUUUCUAUCCCAAAAAAUAUUUCACUCCUGCCAUCUGCGACAGAUUCAGUCCCAUCGUUCUUGCGCUUCUUCUCUGAAGACGCAAUGCGUUAUGGUACAUCACGGCCCCUUGAGAGACCAUCAGUCGGUCUUGACUUUUUGCUAUGCAUUGUGGGGAAUUUGGAGUGCGCGACAUCGGCCGUUGAAUUUGCUCACGAAGCGUGCGGACACCACUACAAAAUGGUGUAAUGGUGUGAUACAAAGUGCGCUCAAUAGUGGUUUAGUGCGUGAUAUCGGACACAGCCAGUGUAUCUGUCGUCAAUGAAUCCUGGUAUCGUAACAUUUCUGACAUCAUGUAAAAUGUAACCCGCUUCUUCCCGCCACAAUACCUCAACGUAGCUUGCGUGAACGCUAAAGGGAAGCAUCAAAGAGAUGGGCGGAGCUGCCGCUCGCCUCGAUGCUACUUAAGACUGACUUUUUUUUUUUUUUUUUGCUGUUUCAUUUUGGGAGGGUUUUUUUUUUUAAUUAUUAUUUUGUUGUUGUUGUUGUUUUUGGUCUUGUUGUCAGUAACUGCAGCUGAGCUAGUUGUUACUCAGAAAGCUGUCAGAUUCUGUGCACAUCAAAAAAAAUGGGGGAUUUAAAUGAGCUUUAAGAUUAAGAACUAACAUGAUCUUUGUUUAAAUGCAAAAGAAAAAAAAUCAAAUGGGGAAAAAGCAGGCGCGUUAUGCAAAGUGAUUAUCACAUACCUGAAAAAAAUAUUAAAGGGAGAAAAAAAUGCAGGCGCGUUAUGCAAAGUGGUUAGCAGAUACCUCAUUUAUGGGUUUUCUUUGAUGUCGUCUUUGGCUUGUACAAUGCUCCGUAUAUUCAUUCAACUGUGGGGUUUGUGCAUAUUUUUGUACUGUUAUUAUUAUACGGACAUGAUAAUAUGACUUCUAUAUAAAUAUAUAUAAUAGUGUUGUUUUUUUUCUCUCUUUUGAUUCAAACAACAAGGAAAAAAAGAAGAACGUGGACAAAAAGGCGGUGAAUGCUUGUUGAAACGUUUGUUUUUUUUGUGCUGAUUGUAUUUAAGAGGAGCACUUUUUGGCAAAGUGGUUUUCACACAUUCACUUUUGUUCAUAUGAUUAGUAAUAUAAAGACGUGGUUCU